AUGUGCAUAAAGAACGCGCUUAGGCGUGUAGACCUGCGUCGGACACCAUACAACGUGACUGAGCAAUACCCCGCGGAAGUUCUGGAGCGCCGGAAGUCACUCGUUGGCCACAUGAUGCAAGCCAGGCGUGAUGGGAAGCGCGCCGUCCUUGUCCGCGAUAAACCGUUCAUCGAUGGUCGUCCGUUUGUCCCGACCUCUACGCCGCCGCUAUUCGGGAAGAAUCCGCCCGUUAGCGGCUACCGUGUGCGACGCGAAAUCCGGGUUCUCUCCGUCACGGAGCGACAGAAGCUCUUUCGGGCUUUUAACGUUCUCUAUAAGACGGGCAUGCUAGCGAGGUUCGGCCGCAUUCACGGCCAACAGGUUCUCCGGAAACAUCACGGGGCCAGCUUUCUGCCAUGGCACCGAGUCUUCUUAGCGGCGGUCGAGGAGAAGCUUCUCGAGGUCGACCCGGAUGUGUCGCUGGCGUACUGGGACUACUCCAUGGACUACUACCUGCCACUUCCUUCGGACUCUGUCAUCUGGAGCUCGUGCUUCGCUGGCAACGGCGAUGACGUGGUCAGUGAGGGUUCCUUCCGGUUCAUGUACGGCGGCUUCAACGAGCUUAUCAGGCGCGACAUCGCGCGGAACGGAACCUGUCCGCCCCGGUUGAUAAACAAGGACGAUACUGAUCAGCUGAUGAGGUUUUGCUAUUAUGCGAAUAUAACGACUGGAAAUACGCCGAACUACUUCCAGCAGGUUAACAAUCUCGAGGUCCUACACGAUGGUGUACACGACUGGGUCGGCGGAGAUAUGUCUUACGUACGGCACGCGCCCUACGACCCAGUGUUUUACAUGCACCAUACCUUCAUCGACUACAUCUGGGAGCAAUUCCGGACCCGACAGUCCUCCGUUAGUUGCCGAGUGGACGUCGAGAGUGACUUCCGGGAACUAGGCGAUUACGCAGUCGACAACUUCCCCGGCCACGCCCCCUGGGAGGAGAUGCAUGGAUUCGAGUACAUGCAGAAUCGCGACGGUCUCUGGCGCAACUGGACCUCAGCCGUGUACGGCUACGAAGCGGCUCCAAGGUGCCCCGAAUGCGGCAAUUCAGAGAACCUCUUCUGUGACAGGGAUAUUGACCCGCGCCAUCCGGAAGGCGAAGCUGCCAACUAA